UCUUCGUGGCCCUUUGGUCUUGCCGCUUGUCUGCGCCUCCUUCCACCUUAAAAUCUAACGCCAGGACUCAAACACAACGACGAACUGUCAAUUAUAUGUUCAUUGUUCGCUCUGCUGCGCGUGAACGUCACUGACUCUCGACGGAAUCCGCCGAGGGCGUCGUUUUCCCGGACAAACAACAAGCGGAGCAUCCGUUCAUUCAGCGGAGCUAGCCAGCUAGCGUUAGCCGAGCAGCAGGGGACAGCUGUGUUAUUAAAGGGAGGAUCCUGAAAAUGUCCGGGUACCAAGGAAAGAAGAACAUCCCCAAAAUCACGAGUGACCGUCUCCUCGUCAAAGGAGCAAAGAUAGUGAACGAUGAUCAGUCUUUCUUGGCUGACAUCUACAUGGAAGAUGGCGUCAUCAAGCAAAUCGGAGACAACCUCAUUGUUCCUGGUGGAGUGAAGAUCAUCGAGGCUCAUGGGAGAAUGGUGAUGCCCGGAGGAAUCGACGUGCACACCCGCUUCCAGAUGCCCGACCGAGGCAUGGUGUCGGCCGACGACUUCUACCAGGGAACCCGUGCAGCUCUGUCUGGAGGAACCACCAUGAUCAUCGACCAUGUGGUGCCAGAACCCGGCACCGGCCUGGUGUCCGCGUUCAAACAGUGGAGGGAGUGGGCCGACAGCAAGUCCUGCUGCGACUACUCUCUGCACGUGGACAUCACUGAGUGGAACAAAGGCACUCAGGAGGACAUGGAGACUCUGGUGAAGGACCAUGGUGUCAACUCUUUCCUGGUCUAUCUGGCUUAUAAGGAUGUUUUCCAACUUUCUGACUCUCAGAUCUACGAGGUGUUCAGUGUCGUCAGGGAUCUCGGCGCUAUUGCACAGGUGCAUGCUGAGAAUGGAGACAUCAUUGCAGAGGAGCAGAGACGUAUUCUGGAGCUGGGCAUCACCGGACCUGAAGGACACGUGCUCAGUCGUCCAGAGGAGGUGGAGGCCGAGGCAGUCAAUCGCUCUGUGACCAUCGCCAACCAGACCAACUGUCCUCUCUACAUCACCAAGGUGAUGAGCAAGAGCGCCGCUGAUGUCAUCGCUCUGGCCAGGAAGAGGGGCGCGGUGGUCUACGGAGAACCCAUCUCUGCCAGUCUGGGCACGGACGGAACUCACUACUGGAGCAAGAACUGGGCCAAAGCUGCAGCGUUUGUCACUUCUCCACCGCUCAGCCCUGAUCCCACCACCUCCGACUACCUCAACUCCCUGCUGUCAUGUGGAGACCUGCAGGUGACGGGCAGCGCUCACUGCACGUUCCAGACUUCUCAGCGUGCGAUAGGAAAAGAUGAUUUCUCCUUAAUCCCAGAGGGAACCAACGGCACUGAAGAGAGAAUGUCCAUAAUCUGGGACAAAUGUGUGGUGACCGGAAAGAUGGACGAGAACCAGUUUGUGGCGGUGACGAGCACCAACGCUGCCAAGAUCUUCAACCUGUUCCCCAGGAAAGGUCGCAUCGCCGUGGGCUCUGACGCCGACCUCGUGCUCUGGGACCCGGACGUCACCAAGAUCAUCUCAGCCAAGACCCACAACCUGGCGGUGGAGUACAACAUCUUUGAGGGCACAGAAGUGCGUGGAGCUCCAUCCGUGGUCAUCAGUCAGGGGAAGAUCGUGUUGGAGGAGGGAAGCCUUCACACCAGCGAGGGCUGCGGCCGCUACGUCGCCCGCAAACCGUUCCCCGACCACGUCUACAAGAGGAUAAAGGCUCGCAGCAGGCUCACAGAGCUGCGUGGAGUCCCCAGAGGUCAGUAUGACGGACCGGUGUGUGAGGUGACCGCGACUCCUAAACUGAUGUCCACCGUCUCCUCGGUGAAAACGUCUCCUGCUAAGAUGACGCAGCAGCAGCAGCAGCAGCAGCAGCAGUCGGCUCAGCAGCCUGUGCGUAACCUUCACCAGUCUGGAUUCAGUCUGUCCGGAGCUCAAGUCGACGACAACAUCCCCCGUCGCAACACUCAGCGCAUCGUGGCGCCCCCUGGUGGAAAAGCCAACAUCACCAGCCUGGGCUAAACCUUGUGAUGUCACGUGAGCGGGGGAGGGAGGGGGAGUGCAGCGCGACACGAGGUCACUCGUGAUCAUGUGAUCACCUGAACUCCACCUGUCCCCACACACACACACACACACACACACUACGUCACCUCAUGUAUUUUUAAAAAUAAAAAGGCACCAUUCCAUUUAGUUUCCUGCCACAUUCCACUGUCUUUACACGAGGAUCACAUGACGUGAAGCAGCUGUUUUCAUUUCAUUAUUGAACAUUUUUGAACAUUUGUUUACAUUUUUGUAUUUUUGUUGUUGCCGUUGUUGGACGCGUUCCAUUCGGCUCAGAAAUCUGAGAAAACAUGAGUCAGCAGCUGUUUACAGUGUUGUUUUUUCUCCGUGCUGCUUUAUUUCCCUGAUGUUAUUUGAAAAAUAUGCUGUUAGUGGUCAUGUGACAUCAUGUGACGUGACCACGCUUUAGUUGCGAUAAACGUCUCCGCUGUUCGUAAACACUGCUACACUGUAAAGAUCUUUUUUUAUGUUAAUAUUUUUCUGACAGUCCAUGUGAUUUGUGACGGAAUUCCACUGAAAAUUAUCAUGUAAAACUUUUUUAUUUUUGCGUAUUUUGCUGCGUUUGUUGCGGAAAGUAAUAAUGCGUCAAAAUUCACUUCCGAAUUCUCACUGUUUCGUGCUGUUUAUUUGCAUUUUUCCAUCAAUUGAUAUGCAAAUGUUUUAUCGCUGCUCUUUACGAUACGAUACGAUAAAAAGUAUCGUUAUUGGUUUCCGCUUUUUGAAAAAAGUAAAGUAAAAAAAACUACAUUUCACGUAAAUGCUUCAUUUAGCACAAACUAUUUCCUAUUUACUCUUUACUUUUCCAUUAUAUGUUUUUCUUGGUUUUGCAGUUUCCAAACUCUGGAUGGGGGCCCACAGAUGGGUUGCGGGGAAAAAAAUGUGGGUCCCUCCCAAAAAUAGCAGAAUUUUUCCACACUUUCGUUAAAGAUUUAUGUGUAAAAAAAAAUUUUUUAAAUAACAUCCAUAAAACUAACAUCUCUUAGAAAUGAUUUGUUCACGAAUUCAGAUGUGGUUCGUCGCUAAUAUGGCUGUAAAUUACUCGUUACUUUGUGCGUCAUGUGAUUUGAGUCACGAUCUUUGAGAAAGUGCGUCCGUAUAUAUAGUUUUAGAGAAAAAGACGUGAAACAACUGAUAUGGCACUGAUAUAGGCCUGGUAUUGUUAGUUAGAGUUAGAGUACAGAAAUAUUGCUGACACAAAAAUCGUCAUCAUCAGUUUGAGCUGGAAAAUGCUAACGUUUUUUUGUUUUUUAUGUUUUUAACUCCGUCAGUUAAUCAUAAUGAAAAAAGGUGUUGUUGUUAUUAUUCUGUGUUCUCGCAAAUUUGGGGAACUAAACACAUGCAUGAAACGUAACUCAUGGUGAAUGUGGUUCUGUGAGUGGGCGGGACUAAUGUCACGACCACACCCACUUGAAGCAGUCGCUCCCGCGGCCGAUUUCACGUAUAUGAAUGAAAAUUGGUAAACGUGUGUUUCGGUUCAGGACGGGAAACAAAAGUAAAUGCGACCCACGACCCCAACAGAACAGGAUGGCAGCCAUUUUGGAUCAAGUGGCCAUUUUGACGAUUUCUUUUUUUCUUUUUUCUUUUUUAAAGCGCUGUCUGCACUGAAAAGGAAAAAUAUGAACUCACUUAUUUUUACAAGAAUAAGAGUGUAAAGUUAAAAAGUUUUUCCUCCUGUUUUUUUUUUUAAUCGGUUGUCAAGCGCUCAAACUUCCGAUCAUCUGUAGAAUCGUCGCGUGCGAUGUUGUUGAACAUACAAACCCGACGGAAGAUUCUUUUUCCGACAACCCGGUGCUAAAACGACCAUCGCUGAUGAGUUUUCCCGCUUCCACACGUCGUCGUCGUGGUGGACGUCUGUUUUGUUUUUGCACUUGUAUAAAAAGUUGAACGUGUACAUGAGCUUGCAAACAUGUUCUUUGGUGUGUGUGUGUGUGUGUGUGCGUGCGCGUGUUUUAUUAUUAUUGCCUGCCUGUUGUUGCUCACUGUAUCGAUGAAGGCUCUUUAAAGAACUGCGAUCUUUUCAGACCCUGAUGGUUAAAAAAAGAAAAGGAAAAUCCUUUGGUUUUGUUUCUGGACUCUGUGACAGUGUGCCGCCGUAUUCCGUGUUAGUGUUGUGAAUGAAUUAACAGAUAAUCAGAUUAUAAUCUUCUUCUUCUUCCCUCACGCAUCCGUUUGUCUGCCUGACACUGUCAGAGGAAGUGACGUCAUGAUCAUGUGACCACGCUGUACAAACACUGGCUUCUCUGUUUCUUUGUUUGGUUGCUCUCUCUCUUUUUUUUGCCGUAUGCAAAUCUAUAAUGUGAAGUGAUUUGAGGAACGAUGGUUGUUGAUGAUGUAAACAGUGGUGAUGAUGAUGAUGAUGAUGAUGAUGAUUUUAUCGGUCGUGUGUGUUUUGUAGGUUUUCAGGGUUUAAAGGGAAACAACGUGUGUCGUCAGCCUUUGACGCAGCAUCAUCUGUGUUGACUUCAGUGGAUAUAAAUGAUGAUAAUAAUAAUAAAAACUCAAAUUAAACUUA